AAAAAUUUUCCUUAUAUAAAUAGAACUUCUCAUCAUUUUUGGAUUGUCAUUUCUCCGUUACUACUUCCUUGAGCUGAUCACUUGUUAUAGAGUGUGUGUUAACAAUGUUUGGAAAGUUAUUUGUAAUCAUUGCUUUGGUUGGAUGUGCCAUUGCAUCACGUCUGCCAGGUGAUCCUUUGUAUACAGCUCCAUCAGCAGUAUCAACAGGACCAUUAGCCACAUCAUAUGGAGUACCAAUUCCAUCCACCACAUACCUACAACCACCAGUUUACACAGCCCCAUCAACUACCACAAAUGUUCAAACUGUCCAUUACACAAAACCCGUAGUGAAAACUGUCGUAGAUGCUGUACCAGUCACAACAUAUCAAUAUGUCAAGAAAAACGUUGUCUCACAAGAACCAGCCACAGCUCACAUUACAUACCAAGUACCAUCAGUUCAAAGUGAAAAAUACUACUAUGUUCCAUUGAAAGAUGCUAAAGUGUAUUACGUUAACAAAGCUUCUACUGGAUCAGUUGGAUCUGUAUCUAAUGUUGCUUCAUCUAGUCUCUCAUACAGUAACCUCGGUGGAUUAUCUUCAUUGAGCUCCACCGGAUUGUCAUCUGGUUUAAGUGGAUUAAGUUAUUCAAAUCUUGGUGGCAGCAGUUUGUCAACUGUUGGCAGUUUAGGUAGCAGCAGCUUAGAUUUAAGCGGAUUAUCAACAAGCGGUUUAAGUUACUCAACACAUGGAGGAAGUGGAUGGUCAAAUUUAGGAAAUAGCGGUUGGUCAAAUUUAGGCUCUAGCAGUUCUGUUUGGUAAAUUCUAUAAGAAAGUAAAAAUGUUGUGUUCUUA